UGCUAAUAGAGGAUACAACUGGCUAAAAUGAAUUUCCUCUUUGUAUUAGGCCUGGCUACAUUGCUGGUGGAAAGAGGUGCUGCAGAAACCUGUUAUGCUGGCACAGAUCCACCUCCUUGCAACACAUGUGGUGGUGUAUGUUCCUUUGGAAACCCCUGCCAGUGCACUACUGACCAAAGGGAAUGCAUUGCCACCACUGCUGCUGAUUGUGAUGCAGCAGAUAACACAUGUUGCCUUAAAGGAUAUUUCUGGUCCUCAUCUCUCAGCUGCUGCACGAGCACACCAGCAUGUUACCCUGCAUGUCAGGGCGAUGAAACGUGUACCGUCGUGAAUGAUACAGCAACCUGUGCCUGUAAUAAUGUUCCAGAUACAGGAUUAACUUCUAGUUCCCUCUCUCCAACAGUGAAAUGUAACAGUGGUACAAUGACUGUCUCACUGAGUAAGUGUCUCAUGCAAAAACUUGGAUUCGAUAGCUUACAUCUAAGCAACGAUACUGAUACCUGCACCAACUCAUACACUGAAGUUAUUGAUGGCAAGACAAUGAACAGUAUCCAGGCCUUAACACAGUCCAACUGGUGUGGCAAUAUGGUGAUGGUUAAUGCUUCCACAGUUUCUUAUACAAACACCCUUGUUAUUGGUUCUACAACCAUUUUCAAAGUCAGUUUCACCUGUUCUUACAAUCUUUCCAUGCAAAUCAACCUGGACUCAGCUAUACGAGUCGUGAUGAGUUCAGUCAACCUUACAAUAAAUGGUCAGGGCUCAAUUACCACCAAAAUGGCUGCUUACAGAGACGAAGCCUAUUCGAGGCCUAUACUAUCUACUGAAGAAUUAUCGACUGGCUCCGACAUCUUUCUAGGAGUAUUUUCUGAAGCUGCAGAUGGAAACAAAUUUGUUUUGAGGGUUGAGAGCUGUGUUGCCACUCCUGAUGGUGACCAGAACAACGUGAACAAAAUUAUGAUUGUGAACGCAGGGUGUCCAGCCAACGAUGGAGUCUUUGCAGAUGUACAGCAGAAUGGUCAAGCUCUUGAGGCCAGAAUCAAAAUUAGUUCAUUUGCAUUUCAAGGUCAGCCUUUGGUGUAUAUCACAUGCAAGGUCCGACUAUGUGACAAAAGUGGAGUAUGUACUGGGUGCACCCGUAGCCGCCAGGCUAGCACAGAUGAAGGCACCCUAGAAAUUGCAGUGAAUUUACAAGAUAAAUACUAUUCAGAUAGCUCUGUAUCCCACUCAGCUAUGUGCUGGACUGUGCUGGCUGGCUUCCUGCUUGCCCUUCUUAAACUCUACUGAGGAGACCACUGACAUCCAUUUAGCUGAGCCGAGGAUGGUCAUGGGAUUUAGUCAUAAUCGAGACUAUGUUUCAAAAAGACUGGAUAUAAUUUAUUGCUUUUCACACAACUAGGACUAAACUGGAUCAUUUCACAAUUUGUCACUUGCAUUGUGACAGAUGAUUCCCCUUUCUUAUACUCCAAGACUGUAAGCCAGAUUUGUUAGAUAAGCCUUAAAGGUCAACCACUCAGCUUCUGAGUUUCAAGAUUACUGGUGUGAUUCAUGUUAGUGUCACACAAGACUGUGUCCUAAUAUAUCUUAUAUCUAAUCUCUUACUUUAUUACAUAUAUUUUGACUAUGCAUGUAUACUAUAAAAUGGUAUGCUAUUGAUUGAUUGGUAACAUUUCAUUAAACUGAAAGCUGCAAAUAUCAUUUACGAGCUAUUAAGUUAUGAUUCUAUAAACCAAAACAAUAGACAAUGCCAUUUGCUGUUUAUAUUUGCCCACCAAUGUUCAAUAAUCUCACUGAAGACAACAUGCUAUUAUUCUUGUAUUUAUAUAUCAGUUAUACUUGUAUUGAGAUCUGCUUGAUUCAGUUCAAAGUUGCAUAUUGCUCAUGCUGUAGACAUUGUAUUUAUUUUAUUAUAAAUAUAUAUAUAUAUUUUA